AUGGUGGUCGCGCAAUCGUGCCUGUCGACAUUACUGCUGAUCCAGCUGGUCACAGCCGUGCAACUCAAGGCCUGCACCUGGGAGGUCUAUUCGACACCGGAGUGCCAAAUAGACACAAAAGACAAUACGAUAUGGGAUCUCCACGUUGGUGGUGAAGACUCGCUUGGCCAGCAUAUACCGCUAGUCGAUGUUGAGGGCAAGAGUGUCGAUCCCAACAAUAUCCCGAAGUCCUACAUACCCUUUGCCUCCCGCUGCCAGUCGACCGUCACUCCGAAAAAUCUCAAAGGAUUUGGUUACACUUCAUUCAAGUUGACGAAUGAUUCUUGUCUAGCUAAUGGCGAGGAUAAGUACGAAGUGAUGGCGGUCCCGACGGCAAAUCAGGCAUGUCAAGGAGAUUCGUUCAACAUCACAGCGGACAGAGUCCACGCGAUCAAGGAUAAGGUCGGAGCAUGUUUUGGUAGAGCCGAAGACAUGAAAUGGUUCUAUGGCAUACAGCUAGUCUACAAGCCGAUACGAACACCGCCGAAGACAAGUCAAAGUACAGUCUCGAUAACGUCCACCUCUACGGCGACAACUCGAAGUGCUCCUACUGGAAGCUACACAGUCCGCGCCGGCGACACAGGCUGGGCGUUAGCUAACGCUAAUGGCAUUGCAGUGGCUGACCUUAUGGCAGCGAACCCUGGCACCAAUUGGGAUUUGCUGCCAAUCGGUUCAACCCUGGUGGUUCCUUCCAAGAAGCAGGCCGUGUGA